GGAAGGGAAGCUCGGGAUGGUCGGCCUGACGAACACUGAGGUCUCGAUGUUGCUCGCGCUGCACUGCCGUCGCCGCACGCGUGGAGCUGUGGAGACGGAGCGACUCGUCGGUAAGCUCAUCGAGACCUUGGACAGUGAGAAGGGACACGACACCCUGGGCAUCCCGUUGCUGGACCACAAAUGCAUCCAGUCGAUCUGGGCGGAGCAGAGGUGCCACCUCUGCUGCAUACAGGACCCACCAGUUGUGAGCCUGUACACCCAGACCGGUCAGCUGACAAAGGGAGAUGUCAAGAUGCCGGUAUUUCGCUGCGCGCACAGUUUGACAUCGCUGGAGUCAUUCCACCUCCACCUCAACCGGUUCAUCCCUGGAGAUAGUGCGAACGCCUUGCACUUCCAGGCGUUCCUGUUGGACGGACUGGUGAGGUGGAACGAGAACCGCACCGCAGCCGCAGUGGAGGGACCAGCGCAGCCUCUGCUCUGCUACAGUGGCCAUCUGCAGCACUCUCUUAACCAGCUCAGCCAAAGGGUGCUCGGCCAGAGUCUGGUUAAGGAUCACACCAAGCCUGGCGAGUACAGUGGGGAGCUCAUCGGCAUCAAGUACCUGUACUCGCAGACAGGCAGGGUGCUGCAGGACGUCAGCUUGGACCUUGACACUCCGGAUGAGGCUGCUGACCUCCAGCUUCACGAAUUUGCGUGUCAUCUUUGCGCCUAAAACAGCGCCAUCUUCUCUGUUUCAAUUGUUUCAUUUGUUCCAAUUACACGGCCAAUCGGAGGCCGCCCUCGUUUCAAUUUCUCCAGUUUACAUGCUUUUUGCGCCCAAUCGGGAGGCCCGCUUGUUUCAAUUUCGUCACGUGGUAUCGGCUCUCCCUUCCGCCGUUUCAAAUGGCACUUCGGGAAGUGCCGUAGGUGACCGGAGUUAUGC